AUGACAAAGCGCGCUUUCAUUUGGUGCCUCUAUUUUAUAACUUUGUUUUUUCUGUGUAAGAAUGAACUGGCCUACUGUUCUGCAAACAACAACCAAGGAACGGAGAACUUCCUGAACAGAACGAUUAAUAUUUUGAACGCCGGAAAAAAUGUAGCCAAGCGAUAUGGACACAGCCAGCUGAAGCCAGUGCACAUCCUGAGUGCCCUCGCGAAGAGCGAUUAUGGAUCUAACCUUUUGAAGGAAAACAGCGUCAAUGCAAGCAAUCUGAAGCAGUACAUAGAUACUGCUCUGGAGCAGACCCGUGCCGGACCGCCACUGGACAAUAAGAGCAAGAUCGUGUACUCGGACGAAGUGAAGGAAGUGCUGGCCCAGGCGGAGGCGCUGGCGAACAAGUACAAGAGCCAGAAGGUAGAUGUAGAACAUUUGCUUAGUGGCCUCAUGAACGACGCACUGGUAAACGAGAUCAUGAAUGAAGUGUACCUGACUGAAGAUGCAGUGAAGGGCCUCAUGAAAAGUAAAUUUGAAAAAAAUAAAAAGGAUAAAGAUGGAAAGUCUGGAGGUUUGUAUAUAGAACAGUUUGGUUCCAAUUUAAAUGAAAAAGUGAGAAAUGGAAAAUUGCAAGGUAUAUAUGGAAGAGACGAAGAAAUAAGAGCAGUCAUUGAGUCACUUUUAAGAUAUAAUAAAAACAGUCCUGUGCUGGUUGGACAGCCAGGUACAGGUAAAACAACUAUUGUUGAAGGUUUAGUGUAUAGAAUUGAAAAAGGAGAUGUGCCAAAGGAACUUAGAGGAUACACAGUGAUCAGUUUAAACUUUAGAAAAUUCACAUCAGGCACUUCAUACAGAGGAGAAUUUGAAACCAGAAUGAAAAAUAUUAUUAAGGAGUUGAAAAAUAAAAAAAAUAAAAUAAUACUCUUUGUUGAUGAGAUUCAUUUGUUGUUGGGAGCUGGUAAAGCGGAAGGAGGAACAGAUGCAGCGAAUUUAUUGAAGCCUGUUUUGUCUAAAGGAGAAAUAAAAUUAAUUGGAGCUACCACCCUAGCAGAGUACAGAAAGUUUAUUGAAAGUUGUUCCGCUUUUGAAAGAAGAUUUGAAAAAAUUUUAGUAGAACCCCCCUCAGUGGAAAACACCAUUAAAAUAUUAAGAUCCUUGAAGAGUAAAUAUGAAAAUUUUUACGGAAUACACAUCACAGACAAAGCAUUAGUGGCUGCUGCUAAGGUGUCCGAUAGGUUCAUAAAAGAUCGUUUCUUACCUGAUAAGGCAAUUGACUUGUUGAACAAAGCUUGCUCUUUCUUACAAGUGCAGCUGUCGGGAAAACCUCGUAUAAUUGAUGUGACAGAGAGAGAGAUUGAACGUUUGGCCUACGAAAUCAGUACGCUCGAGAUGGACGUGGAUAAAGUUUCAAAACGAAAGUAUAAUAAUCUUAUUAAAGAGUUUGAAAAUAAAAAGGAAAUGUUGAAUAAGUAUUAUGAAGAGUAUGUGAUAUCUGGGGAAAGACUCAAGAGAAAAAAAGAAGCUGAAAAGAGAUUAAACGAAUUGAAAGAACUUACACAAAAUUAUAUUAAUGCGAAUAAAGAACCACCCAUUGAGUUACAAAAUAGUUUGAAGGAAGCUCAGGAAAAAUAUAUGGAAGUGUAUAAGGAAACAUUAGCUUAUGUAGAAGCCAAAACACAUAACGCUAUGAAUGUAGAUGCAGUAUACCAGGAGCAUGUUUCUUACAUUUACCUGAGAGACUCUGGUAUGCCACUAGGUUCCCUCUCUUUUGAAUCAUCCAAAGGCGCACUCAAAUUGUACAACAGUUUAUCCAAGUCGAUUAUUGGUAAUGAGGAUAUUAUAAAAUCGCUCAGUGAUGCAGUUGUGAAAGCAGCAACUGGUAUGAAGGAUCCUGAAAAACCGAUCGGAACAUUUUUAUUUUUGGGACCUACUGGUGUGGGUAAAACGGAGCUAGCCAAAACGUUAGCCAUUGAAUUGUUUAACUCCAAGGAUAAUCUGAUCCGAGUGAACAUGUCCGAAUUUACAGAAGCACAUUCCGUUUCAAAAAUCACUGGUAGUCCACCAGGUUAUGUAGGGUUCAGUGACUCUGGUCAGCUAACAGAAGCAGUGAGAGAAAGACCCCACUCCGUUGUUCUGUUCGAUGAACUAGAAAAGGCACACCCAGAUGUCUUUAAAGUAUUGUUACAAAUUUUAGGAGAUGGUUAUAUAAAUGAUAAUCACAGAAGAAAUAUUGACUUUUCAAAUACGAUAAUCAUUAUGACUUCCAAUCUCGGUGCAGAAUUAUUUAAGAAGCAAUUAUUUUUUGACGCGAACAAUUCAGAUACCCCAGAAUACAAAAGAGUGUUCGAUGACCUCAGAAUACAACUCAUUAAAAAAUGUAAAAAAGUUUUUAAACCUGAAUUUGUAAACAGAAUUGACAAGAUAGGUAUUUUUGAACCUUUGAGCAAAAAGAACCUGCGUGAAAUUGUUAAGCUCAGAUUUAAAAAAUUGGAAAAGCGUUUAGAAGAGAAGAACAUUCAUGUGUCCGUAUCGGAGAAGGCUGUUGAUUACAUCAUCGAUCAGUCAUACCAGCCCGAGUUAGGAGCCAGACCAACUCUCAUUUUUAUUGAAAGUGUUAUCAUGACCAAGUUUGCCAUUAUGUAUUUGAAGAAGGAGUUGGUGGACGACAUGGAUGUGCACGUCGACUUCAACAAGGCCGCCAACAAUUUAGUAAUCAAUUUGACCGCCGUGUAG